AUGAGCGACGACGACGAGCCGGCCAUCUACGACGAGGUCGAGAUCGAGGACAUGACGUUUGACGCGGCGCGCGGGCUGUACCACCACCCGUGCCCGUGCGGCGACCGUUUCGAGAUUGCUCUGGAGGACCUGCUGGACGAGUCCAACGACAUUGCCGUGUGCCCGAGCUGCAGCCUGAUGAUUCGGGUGAUUUACGACGUGGAAAAUCUUCCCAAAGGACCAGGCAACGGACCGGCCAGCGAGACGCUGGUGGUGGCUUGA